UUUGACAAGAAUACAUCAAUUAGUGUCACAGCCAAUUUCUGCCAAACUCUGGAAUAAACUACACAUUCUCCUUCACUAUCCCCAAAUUCACGCUCUGCCGCCGACUUCAGCGAGACAAGCAGAGCUUUGCCGUGCGAAGAAGAUGGAGGACAUGAAGAAGAGAAAGCUUGAUGAUGUUGAAAAUGGUCAAAUUUCUCCUGCUUCUGGUGAAAAGCUUCGUUCUUUGCUUGAACCGCUUGCUAAACCCCAGUUGGUUGAUCUCCUUGCUAAGUUAGGGUCCAAAUAUUCUCCAGUUGCAGGAGAAAUUAUGAGUCUUGCAAGUGCUGAUCCUGUUCACAGAAAGCUAUUUGUUCGUGGCUUGGCAUGGAAUACUACAUCAGAAACCUUGUGUGAUGCAUUUGCAGUUCAUGGAGAUAUUGAGGAAGGAGCUGUGAUCACUGACAAAGCAACCGGCAAAUCUCGCGGUUAUGGCUUUAUUACUUACAAAAAUAUGGAGUCAGCUCAGGAUGCUCUAAAGGCAUCUAGCAAAUUAAUUGAUGGCCGCUUGACUGUCUGCAACCUUGCUUGUGAAGGCUUAAGUAGUGCUAGCACCGCACCUGAUCAAGCACAGCGGAAACUUUAUAUAGGAGGUUUGUCACCAGAAACCACUACUGAGAUGUUGCUCAGUUUUUUCAGCAGGCAUGGUGAGAUAGAUGAAGGUUCAGUUGCGUAUGACAAAGAUACAAACAAGUCUCGUGGUUUUGGGUUUGUGACAUACAAGACAGUCGAUUCUGCGAAGAAGGCCCUUGAUGACCCUGAGAGAACUCUAGGGGGCCGGAACAUAACAGUGAAGUAUGCUGAUACAAAGAACAAAACAACUGCAAACCAAUAUCCCUCAUCAGCAGCUCCUAUGGUCCCUCCUACAGCAGGUGGAUACCCACAGCAUGGGAAACCACAGGCACCACUUGGAUACAGUUACCCUCCACACAUGCCAUCAUACCCACCCGUCUCUUACGCUAGUCCUCCAGCAGCAGCUGCACCUCCACCUGCAAUGGCACCAGGGCCAUAUCCUCAAGGACCACCACCAUCCCAGAUUUCUUAUGCACCACCACCCAUGAAAGACACAUAUGGAAUGCCACCUUCUAUGCCCGUUGGCAUGCAGGGCUACCCAUAUUACAUGGGGAAACAAUGAUCAAAUACAGCUGCAGUGUGGUAUUCAAGCUUUGAACAUCUCCGUGCUUUCUCUACAGUCUGGUAUAUGCUUGAGCCAAUACAGCUGCAGUGUGGUAUUCAAGCUUUGAACAUCCCCGUGCUUUCUCUACAGUCUUGGUAUAUGCUUGAGCCGAAUUGAGGAUUUCUGCAUCUAUCAUCUGCUCUUCUCAACUUCUUCAGUAUGUUCGCUUCUGUAUCUGUAGGCAGUAAGUUAUAAUUUUGAUUCAAUCAAAGUAUAAAUGUCUUUUGCUAAUUGAAGCAUCGGUAAUAAUUGCGAUUUAGAGAAUAUAGUGGGGAGUUUUGAGGGCUUUCCUUAUAGGUUAGAAUCCUAGAUUAUACUGUAUCUUGUACUAUUAUUAGUUAGACGUCUAGGGGAAGAGUUAAAUUUUUUUUUUUUUUUAAUAUUUAAUUUUGCAAUCUAGCAUAGUGUUGAAGAUGCUCCAUGUUUCUGAAUUUGUGGUCCAACAGUUGAGUGUAAUAGUGAAAGCAUUAUAAAAGGGGCAUUUUCUUUUAUUUUUUUCUUAA